AGAGGGCGGAUGUCAGUCCACGUUCGAGCGGCCACCGGUAUGGGCGCGUGAGCGGAUCCGCGAGCGAUCGGGCCGCGUUUUUCCACCACUCAUCGCGGCUUUGCGAACGGAAACUUGAUAAACCGCGACGUGCGAUCGUAGGUGGGACAGAAAGCGAGGAAGUGCGUGCGUAUACGCGUGAAACCACGCGUAGAAUUGGCCCGGUGAGAUGGUCAAUGGUGCAUGCGUCUCGUCGGAGACUCGGAUGAUUGCUCGAAAGGACUUCCGAGCCGAUCGAUACAUAUUGUCGUUGUGUAAUUCGUAAAACAAUCUUCUGAUGCACGUAUGUCGAGAGGAAACCGGAUUUCGACACUUGAUGUGUAGAAAACAUGUCCCACGAUAAGGAAUUGCAUGCCGAUAAGUAAGGAACGACAAAUAGUGGUAUUCGUUACGAUUCUAAAGUUUAUUCUGGUAUUCUAAAAGAUAUAACCCAGAUAUCUCGAUCGUUUCGACCCUCGAUAGAGAACAAUAAACAACAAAUGUGUGAUAUAACAGUCGACACGUGUGGUAUGUCUUUAUCAUAAAACCAUCAUAAAAAUAAUCGCGAGGAACUGUGCCAUUUGCGUUACACUCUCAUGCCAGAGUAUGAAAUAUGGUAAAGGAGUCACGACGACUAGACAGACCGAAGCAACGGUGAAAUAGUGAUUGAUAAAGUGUGUGCGCGCGCGCGCGCCUCAGCUUGAAAUUAUGGUCAAAAGCAACACCGUCAAGAACGGCGGAUGUCCUUGGACUGUUAAUCCUGCCGGGCAACACAGACAUCUUCUUCAGGUAGCGGCCUUCUACCUGGCGGUAUUGGCGGUCUUGUGGUGCAUUCCCGUAUGCAUCUAUCAUCGGAUCUCCGAGACCGGCCAGGCGGUGGUGUUGACUCUGGUGGACACCGCAGCGGCUGGAUUACAGAAUUUGGCUGAGCCAAAGAUCGAUCGCGAGUUCCCUUCGCGAUCGUCCAUCAAGAAUUCCUCGUUGCUAGGCGGCAAUCAGGCCAGGCCGUCCGAGCACUUGAAGGAGACCGUGCCGACGACGCAGAUCCCGCCGCCGCCGAUCGUCGACGAGGCGACGGAGCGACCGAACGACACCGAUGUCCUCGGGGACGACGAAGAGCUGCUUCUGCUGAAGAAGAUUACUGCCGAGGAGCCGCCGGAGGUUGUAGUGGUCGUCAGAGCGGAGCAGAAAAUCAACACGGACGAAUUGGUGCUCAGAGUCGAGGAAGAGGGGGCUGGUCAGGCUCAAGUGUCCGAGGAAUUGUCGGCAAAGAUCGAUGACGCGUUCACCACGGCACCAGAAUUGAACGAUACGGCGGCUAGAGAACAAUUAGUUGGCAAUAGCAGGGACGAGACGGCAGCGGUGAUCCUGAAUGGACUCGUCGCUUCAGGCCCUACCGAGCCGCACGAGGACAUACCGUCCUUCAGCGAAUGGGCGCAGAAGCGUUUGGAGGAGGCUGAAAAGAAAAAAACUCAUCCGAACGCUUCCGUGCAAACCCCUGGUGGCCCAGGACGAGGCGUAAGCGGCAUGAAAAUUCGUAACAAAAAUUACGCUUCUCCGGACUGUGGCGCCAAGAUUGUGGCAGCUAACCCCGAGGCGAAUAGCGCCAAGAACGUCUUGGUGUCCACGCGGGACGAAUAUAUGCUGAACGCCUGCACGUCGCGCAUCUGGUUUGUCGUCGAGCUGUGUGAAGCGAUACAAGCCAAGAAGAUCGAGCUGGCGAACUUCGAGCUCUUCAGCUCGUCACCGAAAGACUUUUCCGUCUAUGUGAGCGAUCGCUUUCCCACCAAGGAUUGGAGCCCAGUUGGCCAGUUCACCGCCAAGGACGUGAAAGACGUUCAGAGCUUUGCUCUACAUCCUCAUUUCUUCGGCAAAUUUAUCAAGGUCGAGCUCCAAUCGCACUAUGGUUCGGAACACUUUUGUCCUGUCUCGUUGUUUCGCGCUUAUGGCACCAGCGAGUUCGAAGUGCUGGAAACCGAGACGGAAAAUGAGACCUUAGAAGAGAAGAAUACGGACGAAGACGACGAUGAGGAUAGCGACGAGGAGGAGCUGUUAGAUAGCGAGGGCGGUGAUUCACCGAGUAAUCUCUUUGGUAGUGCACGCGAUGCCGUGCUAAGCGUAGUGAAGAAAGCUGCGGAGAUUCUGGUCAAGUCCAGCGGUCUCACCGGGAACAACAUCACGCAGAUCCAGCAAAGCAUCGAUCACGGUAACAUAUUGGACAAUUCGUACACGAGCUGCACGACACCAAGGUACACGAUCCUCUGCGGCAACUGCACCGACCAGAAAUUUGCCAGUGUUUUCCAGUUGGUCAGCUGUAAGAACCGACAGUUGGACGAUUUGCUUAGGAUUGACCUGGUGAACAGAACUUUGAGACGAGGAAGGCUGUGCGGUCUUCAUGGCGUGGAGAUCGAGUCGUUUUGGUGGGCAAGAGAGGAGGACAAACCGAAGCACGAUGACAUGACGCACUUCAAUUUGGCAGAGGAUCUUCAGGCGACUUUUUUAACGUCCUUCUUCAAACCCGAAUAUAUCGUAGCGUUGUGCAAUGUUCUGGCAACGAAGGAACGCAAGGUGGUAAUGAACACGAGCUACGAAAUUCCCGUAAAUAAAUCUAAGGAUACUGCCAGUGAAGAUAUUCUAUCCACUAAAGAUCACAACGUCGAGAUCACUUUUCAUCGUCAAACAUCCUCCACUCCAGAUCCAUGUACUUUGGACUCGAGUCCUUCCGCUUGCAAGUCUACCGCGUCCCCCAAGGAGGUGCGGCAGCAACCGUUGACUCAGGAUGUCAACAAAGAGAGUGAGAACAUCAGCAUCGCGACCAUACAGACCUCUGCUAGCUUUACAGAGAGUUUGGCGUCGCAAAUCAAACCUACGAAGACACUCAGCAAAGAGGAUAUAAAGAAGGAGUCGUCCAUGCCAAUUUUAGAACCCAGCAAGGAAUUCACGGAGGAGACGUUGCAAUCGCAAGUGUUGACGACCGUUCCACCGCCAACCGCCAAUCCGACACCAACGUCGAAAAUCCCUGAAGAGUUGCCGGUUUUAGGGACUCCUACCGAGACGACAUUAUCCACGAGCAGUGUUACAUCAAUAAACGUCGGCAGCCAAGAGGCUAGCGAGAGCCUUGUGCCUGAUACAGAAAGUGCCGAGACUAUUGUGCAAAUCAAAACGGACAAGUCGGAAAAUGGCGAACAAGACGGAAGACAAGUGAAAGAUCUGGGCGAGCAAGAAGCUCGAUUGUCGUCUCAAGAUCAUCUCUCGUUGGAUUCAUUACUGUCCGACUUGAAAGAUUUGGAAGUCGACACGGCUAACAUGCAGAACGGAGCGUCUAGCUCCUCGCCGACGACUCAGCCUACAGCAAAUGUCGUUCCUCAGAAAGAGUCUGUUUUUCUCCGAUUAUCCAACAGGAUUAAGAUUUUAGAAAGAAACAUGUCACUCAGCGGACAAUAUUUGGAAGAGUUAAGUCGUCGCUACAAAAAGCAAGUCGAAGAAAUGCAGCGUUCAUUGGAGCGUGCGAUGGCUGCUAUGGGCGAGGAAUCGCGAAAGGGCGAGGAGCGCGAUGCGAAAAGAACAGAAGAGAUCGCCGCUCUGAGGGAGGAGAUCGUUAUACUUUCCAAAUCAGUCGAAACUCUUCUUUACGAUCGGGACAGUUGGCGCAGUCGAAUAUCAGCGAUUGUCCAGCACGCCUUGUUGAUUUGUCUGGAAGUUAUCGUCAUUAUCUUGAUUCUAUCUUACUGUCGUCGUAAGGAAGAUUUUGAGGAAGAAAAACUCGAGUCGGACACGAAGAAGGACACCGUGCGUCGAAAGAGCGCAGAGAACUUUAGUUCUCACGCCGCAGCGAAGAAAACGAAGAAGCGGCGACCCAGCGAGAUCGCGUCUCAUAUUAGUGGUACGUAUCACGAGCUGAUGAUCGACGAUCGACCAUAUGAGACGAAGAAGGAGCGAAAAAAGAAACGCAAAAAAGAAAUAAUUGCCGCCAGUACUAAAGCAAUAGUUAAUACUGACGCGAGACAAGAGGUGGUUCGUUAUAAGAGUGUAUUGAACGUGAGUCCCGGUGGUGUAACGUUGCCGCCGAGAAGAGCGUCGUCCAUAGAUUCUCCACAAUCCAAAGAGUCGCAGGAUGUGGCCGGCAGGAGGCCGGAAUCUGCGCCCGAGGCCGCCGUCAGUUGGUUCGAUGAUCGUAUAGAAAGACUAGAACGAAUUGUGCAGCCUGCGCCGGAAAAUAAAAUCUACGAAACAAAAUUUGGAGCAAGCUCUGAACUCGGUCGUCAAGUCGACGAGCUCGGCAAGCCUAACACAUCGUUGGUGAUCGUAGACAAGCCCAUCGAAAGAUCAAGUUCGUGUUUGAACACUGUUGAAUGGAAGACAGAACCGUCAAAGAACGGCUCGUUCAGGGCCAGCAGUAUUCUCAAAAGCGCGAGACUGAGCUCGCCGUCCUUCAUGAAAACUGCCCUAGGUACAAGAAGCAAAAGGAAGCUGUCCACGAGUUCCGCCGAUAAAUGGGACUGGAGCCAAGAUUCGGAACACUCGAAUGACAGAUCCUCCCAGUCUAGCUCUACGGACUUCAAGACGUUAUCACAGAUUGUCAGUGAUCGUGCCAAUGGUAGUGCUGCAAAUGGCUUGAUCGAGGAGAGCGACGAGUCGAGAAGUAGUAAUGCUACUCCCACGUCGAUCAAGAAAGAGAAGAAAGGUACUGGUUUGAAGAAAAUGGUGAGAAAGUUUUUCUGAUUGAAAUAGACCCGUCGCAAAUAGUAAACUGAGCUGGAGCAUUAAUUUUUGCGUCGAAUCGUUCGCCAUAUAAAUAUUACAUGUUCGUGAGACACUUAGUUCGACCUUGUUCUAUACUUUCGUCCUAGUUUCUUCAUUUUUCCAUUUGCAUCAAUUAAUUCAAUUACUAUAAAAACACAGACUUUGUUAUCGCACGAUAAAUUGAAGUAAUUGAUUUGACCAGGAAACUAUCAUGAAAAUAUGAGACUUGAUUGAGCCGAAAAAUCUCACGAACCCUCUUCAACCGGGUGUAUGAAUAUAUGCAAGCAUUUGAUAGAAAAUGAAGAGUGGCCAAAUGAAGUUAAAGAAAACUUGGCAUAGUUACGGUAUACAAAUACUUUCGUCUCAGCACGAACUUUAUUUCACAGUUACUAGUCUCUGUAUGGAUUAGAGUAAACGGUUAUUAAUUAUUUAAACUGAGUAAAGUUUAAUAAUUUUCUCAUUGAAGACUGCACACACAUACAUAUCUAAUUUGAAGGACACAUUAUACUUUAGAGAAGGAAAUUUUAGAUAAUUUAUAUAACAUUUUGAAAUGGAUCGAAAUCGGGAAAUUUUUUUUGCAUGGUCGCCUUUUGAGAAACUUCUCCCACCUUGCAACAACGCCCAGUUAUUAGAACUACGCUUUACUUACUAGUGAUAUUAAUAUCGUACGUAACGAGUUUCGCGUACGUGUUAAUGGCGAAUGCAGCAAAAUACGUAAAAAUUUAUUAUAAGGUAUACGAGAGAUUGAAUGCGAUCCCACCGUUGCGGAAAAUUGGAAAAGGUGAAUAAAAUGACUUACCAAGCUAGAUUAGUUUACGUAGGAUAUUAUGAUUCAUCUUAAUCGACACAACGGCAGUGACUACAGUGGUCUAGAGAACAUUUCUAUCUUAGAUUGGAUUAUUUAAUUUUUAUCUAUGAAUCAUCGCCAAAGAGAAAAAAGAAAGAGUGAAAGUGAAUGAGCGAGUUAAAUGUUGCCAACAAAAUCUUAGAACAGUAACAGUAGCUGUUGUAGCUAACAUUUAUUAUCGUAUAAUCAAAAAAAUUAAUUUUCCCUGUCAAUGUAUGAAUGUAUGAAAUGGUAUCAAAAACGUGAGAACAAAAUUAAAUCUCUCAAUUCCACCGAUGAUUAGUAGUUUACUGUUUUCUUUUAUCAAUAUAAAAUGUAAUGUAAAUAUGAUAUUACGAUACAAUCAUGAUAUAACGGUAAGAGAAACAUGCAAUUGAGAUAACUCAAUUCAAUUUUGUUGCUAUUGAAUGCACCAAAGCAAUUGAUCGAAAAAUUUGAUAUGGAAAACGAAUAAUCCAAUCUUUUUGUAUACAAGAAUUGUUUUGAGAAUGAAAUUACUUUUACUCUCCGGUUUCAGAUUCGUGAAGUUGGCUUGGUACUUUAUAUAUAUAUGUAUACUUAAUCUCUAUAUUCACAUAUUUCCACUACUUUCGGUUUUAUGUAAAUAUUCGAUAUCCGUUCGAGUGGCUUUUCGAACUUUAAAUAAAUGUAAAGUUUCGAAGAAAAAUUCAGUUUUAUUUGGCUGCAAGAUUAUAUAAAAGCUUUGCUUUUCCUAUAAAUGAAUUUUGUAUUUGUAUUGUCUAGUUUAGCUAUACGAGAAACAGUCGUAUUUCAUACUGGUCAUUUCAUAUUUGCUAACAAUAGUUCUUACAACAAUUAAAAAAAAACUAUAAUUACGAGAAAGAUAGCUGCAACCAAAAAAUUGUGGCGGUUUUCAUUAUUUAUUGCUUCAUUAAAUGAAGUGAUAUACUCGAGAAAAUAUUACACUAUUGUAGUUUCUUUUAUUUCUUGUUUCUCUUCUUUUCCUAUAAGUAAAAAUUGUAAAUAAGACUCUUUCUUGCAUCCAAAUUUUUGAUUGUUUUUGUUGUUGAAAAUUUUGCAAAUCUUAUUUAUACGAAUAAGAAAGUUGAAAAUCUUAAUAUAUAAAACUUUUAGGAGUUAACUAUUUACUCCAUCUUUUUCGAAAUGUUAUUCAAUUUGUUUUCUCUAAUAAUCUGCCGUUCUCGUCUUCCAACAAUAAUAUGUUAAGUAAUAUAUUUAUUCCGUGGAAAUGCAAAAUUUUCUGUAGUUAUACAUAAUGAUUUCAGUAUCAUUCUUCAUCAUUUUCCUUUUCCAAGACAAGAUUUCCAUUUACAUUGUGAAUUUAAUUUGCUAAAUGCAGCCGUAUAAUUUUCGAUAUACAUCGUAUAUAAACGACUGUUAUUUGAUUACACAAUAAAUAGCCUAUGUUUAGCACUAAAUGUAAAUUGUAUAUGCAGACGUUUCUUUGUUAUACUAAUUUUACAUACGCGCGAGAGCGUUGUAAAAGUAUUCCGGAGAUUAACAACAAUUGUGCCAGCAUAUUUUGUAUCUGAUAAAGAAAUGUGCUGUGAUAAAAUCCUCCUGAGAAUUGCGAGAUGCGAUCGCAAAUUAAAUGCGAAGAAAAGAGAAAGGGGAAAAAAGAGGCAGAAUAAAUAGCGAAACAGUGGCAAGGAGGUGUAAGUGAAUUCAGAAUGACUUAAACUUUAAUCGAAAAUAUCCUAUUACUUAACGUGCAUUUAAAGACUAUAUAAAUAAUUUUCUGAAGCGUACGUGGACAGUGGUCGAGACUUUUUUCGCGUGAGAUUUUAGUGAAUAUAUUUUCUAGAAGUAAGUUUUAUGUGUGUGUUUAUUCGCAUAUAACGUCAAUCCGAUGAUUAUUUAUGUGCGAUACGACGAAACACUUUAGUAAUUUUAUAUUGUAGUUUCCGUUACUGAAUGAGAUCAUCACUGUCAUAGCAAAUAUGAUUUUUUAUGGGACGAGAUUACAAUUAAAGGAAAAUACAGAUCUCGUUCCCAGAACACGUUACUUUGACUAAUGUGAUAUGUAUUAUUCUUUCUAAUUUAAUAUAAAAGAGAGAGUACGCGCCAUCGACAGACAGCAGAUAAUUGCGCAAGCAAGGAAAAAAUGACCUGCGAUUAUUACAGCAUAAUAUUAGUAUUAUGUUAUUUUAUAUUUAUUACCCGUAAUUAUUUAUAGCAAAAUGCGACCGUGUAUGUUACUUAAAAUUUGUAUAGACCUAUGAAAAAGUUUAGUUCAGCAACAAUUGAAAUUGUACAGUACGAAGUAUAAAAUGUAAAAAAAAAUGCGUGUUCUGAAUUGUAGAGUAUAUUGAUUUAAGCAAUUUCUGAGGUUUUUUUAAACAUAUUUCUGUGCAUUAUUACAAGAAUAUAUAAAGAUGUUUAAUCGAAUUAGUAUUAUUUCAUAUUUGUUGAAAAAAAACAUAGAUUAAUUAAAAGUAAUAUUUAAACUCACGACGUAAGAGAACAUUACAUAUCGUUUAUUUACAGUUAGUAGGAUUAUAUAAUGAAUACAUCCUCUGUUCGUAUCAUUUUUGUGUGACAAGGAUUAUAAUACAUUACCUAUUACGUUGCUAAUCAUUCGUUAGUAACGUUUCUUAAAAGGACUACGGAACUCGAGCAAUUAUUUUCGUGCGGUUAUCUUAUACUAGUCUACAACAGCAAACGUCUAUCAUUUAUUACAAAAUAUUAAUUUUCUUAAAAAAGAAAAUUCGUAGCAUGUAAAUACGACGUUUUAAUUUUUACAAAUGUGUGAAUGAUUAGAAAUUUAAGGCCACAUUUGAAUGGGGAUUUUUAAAUAGACGUGUACAAGAAAUGUAAAUAUGUCGUAGAGCAAGUAAAAUCCUGAUAUCGCGAUGCGGGUAGUAUUAUUCUCUACGGAUUGUUUCUAUUUCUUAAAUUUCAUAGAAAACCACUUCUAUACAGACUGUUCCCAUUUAUAAAUCCCAUACACAAUUAUAUUUAUGUACAUGUAAAUAUAUGUAUGACAAGUAAAAAAAUAUACAAGUUUUAAACUUUUAAGUUCUGUCUUUGAAAAGAGAGAAUGCUUUAAAUCUUAAUUUCAAUGAUUAUUUAUGGGAGCAGUCAUAUGAAAAUCAUGAUAUUAAAUAACGAAUAUUUAUUUAGCCGGACCAACAUUUUCCAUGUUUACACUUUAUAUUAAUUUAUUAAACACAAUAAAUGUGCGAAAAAAAUGUAAAUGAAUUUUAUGUUAGAGAUUCAUAUAUGAAUCAUUCAAUUAUAUGCUAUAAAUGAAUCAUCUUCUAUACAUGUCAAUGUGUAUAAUGGAAUAUGGAAUGACAAUUUAUGAUAAUUAUUUAUUUAUAAACUUGUAAUUAUUUAUUUGCUAUUGAUACGUUCCUGUACUUUGAUAUAAAUUUAUAGUAUAUUGACAUGAAUGUUUGAAUGAUUUAUUGUAUUGUACAUUAGAAUAUGUGUGAAAAGACAAAAGUUCUAUAUGUGCGGUGAAGGAGAAUACAUAUAUAUAUGAUUGUUUGCGCCUAUUGUUGAAUGUUUAGUCAAUUAUCGUAAAAACUGUUAACUCAUACGCCUGAAUUCCAAUUGCUUGUAAUUAAACUGUACUUCUGUAAAUACGAAAGUAAUGCACGUUGCAUAUAAUUAAUGAAGGAAUAAAGUUGCCAAAAGAUUCGUCA